GACGCUGGAGGCUUCGCGGAGGAUCCCCUCCUGCAGCACCUCGGUCGUCCCGCCGCAGCCUCGCGCCCCCCGCCCGGCUCCGCGGCGCUCCUCCGGGAUCCGCGUGGCUGCCCCGGCCCGGGAGCCCGAUGCGGCUCGGCGGGCGCUGGGCCUCAGCAGCAGCGGCGACCACAGCCUCUUCAGGAGUGGGAGGCUUCGCGGCAGCGCUGGUGCCCUCCGGAGGAGGCUGUCGGCUCAGGGACGACCCCCCUGGUCAUGCUGAGGCGGCGGCAGCCGCAGCUCGAGGAUCGGCAGGGCAUACUGAAUCAGCAGAACUGGCUGGUGCAGCAAGCAUCAUGAGUAAGCACAGAGAAGUCUGUUCCUUAUCACAUGUAUAAGGGGGAAAAGGUUUAAACAAGUCUCUUGAGUGGUGUUUCCUUACCGAUGGAGAAUUAUUUCCAAGCAGAAGCUUACAACCUGGACAAGGUAUUAGAUGAAUUUGAACAAAACGAAGAUGAAACAGUUUCUCCUAUCUUAUUGGAUACAAAGUGGAAUAAGAUUCUAGAUACCCCUUCUCACUUACUGUCAUUUAACUCCACACUAGCCAGUGUGAAUGAAUCUGCAGUUUCUAACGAGUCACAGUCACAACUGAAAGUCUUCUCCCUUGCUCAUUCAACUGCUCUGACCACAGAGGGAGAGGACAGUUCUGCUAAAGGACAGGAAUGUAGUCUGAAUCCAGAAAUCACCACAAUGUGGAUUGAUGAAAAUGCUGUUGCAGAAGAUCAGUUAAUUAAGAGGAACUGUAAUAGAGAUGAUCAAUGCAGUGCCAUUGAAGUGGGAGAGAAGAAAUGUGGAAACCUAGCUUGUUUGCCAGAUGAGAAGAAUGUUCUUGUUGUAGCUGUCAUGCAUAACUGUGAUAAAAGGACAUUACAAAGUGAUUUGCAGGAUUGUAAUAAUUAUGAUAGUCAAUCCCUCAUGGAUGCCUUUAGCUCUUCACUGGAUAAUGAAAAGAGACAAACUGACCAGUUUAGUAUUAGUAGAAAUGGAUCCACUGAAAAAGAUAUGAACUCAGAAAAACAAAUGGAUCCCUUGACUAGACCAAAUGCAGAAGGGGAUUCGGUUAAACAUCUGUGUGCUACUUCAUCUGAUAAUCUAGCCUGUGUCUGUUCUCCUUCACAAUUAAAGGAUGGUGAAGAUAGAGGUAAAGACUCCUCCAUAUCUGUAGUCACAGGUUUAACUGUUGAUUCAGUAAUGUCAUCACAAGGAACAGAUGGAGGUUCUGCUGUUGAAACCCAAGACAACUCUAUGCCUGGUGAGAUUGUCACUGGCAAAACCAGCUCUCCAAGGACAGAUCUAGGAAGUCCAAACUCUCUUUCCAACCUGAGUGAGGGGAUUUUGAUGAAAGAAGAGCCAGCUGAUGAGACAGCAACUGAAGAGUCUGUUCAAUCUAGUUUACCUUUGCUUCUCAAACCAGACAUGCAUAAUGGGUCUGGAAGGGAUGAUAACUGUGAACAGUUUUCAGAUAGCUUUGUACCCAGUGUAGGUAGAACUGAUGAAAUUGAAGGUUGUGAACAUGAAGAAAUUCUUGACACUACAGAGGUUCUUAAUAUAACAGAGCAUUUCUCUGACUCUCAGGAGAUGACUAACUGGAAAUUGACUAAACUAAAUGAGAUGAAUGACAGCCCAGUAAAUACAGAAGAUGAGAAAUUUCUGCAGAUGAAUCCAUCUGAGGACAAUUAUAGUGAUAGUGAAGAGUGUGAUAGAAUGGCAGAAGCAGGUCUAGAUUUAAAAGGAACUUGUGCGAAUGAAAGUGAAGAACGUGAUUUCUCCACUGUUGUGGCUACACCAGCAACAAAUUCUCUAUCUAACUGUUGUGAUUCCUAUGGAAUGCAGAACCCAGUUUGUUUUGUUCCAAAGACCUUACCCUCCAAAGAAGAUUCAGUAACAGAAGAAAAAGAAAUAGAAGAGAGCAAGUCAGAAUGCUACUCAAAUAUUUAUGAACAGAGAGGACAUGAAGCCACAGAAGGGAGCGGGCUACUUUUAAACAGCCCUGGUGACUUAAUGAAGAAAAAUUAUUUACACAGUUUCUCUAGCCAAGUUCCAUCAGUGCUUGGGCAGUCUUCACCCAAGAUAGUAGCAAAUUUGCAAUCCAUCAGUGCUCCUUUUGGUGGUGCAAGACCCAAGCAACCUUCUAAUCUUAAACUUCAAAUUCCAAAGCCACUGUCAGAUCACUUACAAAAUGAUCUUCCUGCAAACAAUGGAAAUAAUAUUAAAAACAAAAAUGAUGUUCUUGGGAAAGCAAAAUUAGGGGAAAACUCAACUAAUGUAUGCAAUGCCUCUUUGGGAAACAUCUCUAUUGCUGACACCAAUGGGGAACAUUUAGAAAGUUAUGAGGCUGGGAUAUCCAGUAGACCGUGCCUUGCAUUAGCUCCAGAUAGCCCAGAUAAUGAUCUUAGAGCUGGUCAAUUUGGAAUUUCUGCCAGAAAGCCAUUUACUACUCUGGGUGAGGUGGCUCCAGUAUGGGUACCAGAUUCUCAGGCACCAAACUGCAUGAAAUGUGAAGCCAGAUUUACAUUCACCAAAAGGAGGCAUCAUUGCAGAGCAUGUGGAAAGGUUUUCUGUGCUUCCUGCUGUAGCCUGAAAUGUAAACUCUUAUAUAUGGAUAGAAAGGAAGCUAGAGUAUGUGUAAUCUGCCAUUCAGUGCUAAUGAAUGCUCAAGCCUGGGAGAACAUGAUGAGUGCCUCAAGCCAGAGCCCUAACCCUAACAAUCCUGCUGAAUACUGUUCUACUAUCCCUCCCUUGCAGCAAGCUCAGGCUUCAGGAGCCCUGAGCUCUCCACCUCCCACUGUGAUGGUACCUGUGGGAGUUUUAAAGCACCCUGGAGCAGAAGUGGCUCAACCCAAAGAGCAGAGGAGAGUUUGGUUUGCUGAUGGGAUUUUGCCUAAUGGAGAAGUUGCUGAUGCAGCCAAAUUAACAACAAAUGGGACUUCCUCUGCAGGAACCCUGGCUGUGUCACAUGACCCAGUCAAACCAGCAACUACCAGUCCUUUACCAGCAGAGGUGGAUAUUUCUUUAUUUUCUGGGAGUAUAACUCAGGUUGGAAGUCCUGUUGGAAGUGCAAUGAAUCUUAUUCCUGAAGAUGGUCUUCCUCCCAUUCUCAUCUCCACUGGUGUAAAAGGAGACUAUGCUGUGGAAGAAAAACCAUCACAGAUUUCAGUGAUGCAGCAACUGGAGGAUGGUGGCCCUGACCCACUUGUAUUUGUUUUAAAUGCAAAUUUGUUGUCAAUGGUUAAAAUUGUAAAUUAUGUGAACAGAAAGUGCUGGUGUUUUACAACCAAGGGAAUGCACGCAGCUGGUCAGUCUGAAAUAGUCAUUCUUCUGCAGUGUCUGCCAGAUGAAAAGUGUUUGCCAAAGGAUGUCUUUAAUCAUUUUGUGCAGCUUUAUCGAGAUGCUCUGGCAGGUGGGAAUAUUAAAGGUGAUGUUAAGUCUCCCUUUCUUACUGAUUUCCUAUUGAUACUCUUCCUAUUGAUUAACACAGAAUCAGUUUAUCCAUGCCCUCUGUUCAGUGUCAGAUUUCGGAAGCCUUUGUUUGGAGAGACAGGACAUACCAUCAUGAAUCUUCUUGCAGACUUCAGAAAUUACCAAUAUACAUUGCCAGUAGUUCAAGGUUUGGUGGUUGAUAUGGAAGUCCGGAAAACCAGCAUCAAAAUCCCCAGCAACAGAUACAAUGAGAUGAUGAAAGCCAUGAACAAGUCCAAUGAGCACGUGCUGGCAGGAGGUGCCUGCUUCAAUGAGAAAGCAGACUCCCAUUUGGUGUGUGUACAGAAUGACGACGGAAACUAUCAGACCCAGGCUAUCAGUAUUCACAAUCAGCCCAGAAAGGUCACUGGUGCCAGUUUCUUUGUCUUCAGCGGUGCUCUGAAAUCCUCUUCAGGAUAUCUUGCCAAGUCCAGUAUAGUAGAAGAUGGCGUGAUGGUCCAGAUCACCGCAGAGAGCAUGGACGCCUUGAGGCAGGCGCUGCGGGAGAUGAAGGACUUCACCGUCACCUGUGGGAAGGCAGAGGCUGAGGACCCCCAGGAGCACAUCCACAUCCAGUGGGUAGAUGAUGACAAGAACGUCAAUAAGGGUGUCUUAAGUCCUAUAGAUGGGAAAUCCAUGGAGUCUAUAACAAGUGUAAAGAUAUUCCACGGAUCAGAGUAUAAAGCAAAUGGAAAAGUCAUCAGAUGGACAGAGGUGUUCUUCCUAGAAAAUGAUGACCAGCACAAUUGCCUGAGUGACCCUGCAGAUCACAGCCGACUGACUGAACACGUCGCCAAGGCUUUUUGUCUUGCUCUCUGUCCGCACCUGAAGCUCCUGAAGGAAGAUGGAAUGACUAAACUGGGACUACGUGUGACACUUGACUCAGAUCAGGUUGGCUAUCAAGCAGGGAGCAACAGCCAGCCCCUUCCUUCGCAGUACAUGAACGAUCUGGACAGCGCUUUGGUGCCGGUGAUCCAUGGAGGGGCCUGCCAGCUCAGUGAGGGCCCCAUCGUCAUGGAACUCAUCUUUUAUAUUCUGGAAAACAUCGCAUAGAAAGAGUGGACUUCCUUUUUUUUUUUGUUCAGACCUAUUGCAACAGCAGUCAUACCCAAAUCAUUUGCACUUUAGAACUGGAAGAUUAAGCUUUUGUUAACACUAUUAAUGGGGGGUGGGGUGGGAAUGGGUGGUUGGGGAGGUAGGGGUGGGGAAGGGUGGUUGGGGGGACAGACGUUCCAUAAUUCUAAGUCUCCUAUGCAUUGUCCACCAAGAAGAUCUGGGCAGCUUCUGUUACUGCACAACAGUUAUGCUAUCCUUGCAGCUAAUCCCCUCCCUCUGUUACUGUCUAGACAAGAAUUCUGCUCCUCUAUUUUAAGACUUACAUAUGGUUUUGUGCUCAGAAAUGCUCAAAUGGGUACAACCAUCACCAAGGGUGGGGGGGGAGGGCGGAGGGGAAAUAAAAAAUGAAGCAUCAGUUUUGCACUCUCUGUACAGAGUUGAUAUAAAAAGGACAAUUCCACACCAGUGUCUUCAUAUAGAAAUCACACUUAAGAUUUUUUUGCUUGUUUUUACCAGAUUAUUCAUCGACGUGAGUCAAAGACCCAAGGAUUGUCUAUUUUCUACCCAAGGUAAACUGUGUAAACAGUCACUUAGCUAGCAGAGCCCCAUUUCAGAAAGUUCACCAUUUGCCAGAGUGCAUGGCAAGUAUGAAUUGGGCCUUUCUGCGAAAGCUAACAAAAUACAACCAAGAUAUUUUUAGUUAUAAUAUACACCAGAGGUAUUUUAAAAUACAUGUUAUAGAGAGAUAGUUUAAACUUCCAGGACAGUUGUAAGCACACAAAAAUCUGUGUACGCUUUACCCAUACUCACCCAGUGUUCACAGAUUUCUGCUACAUUUGCUUUGUUUUCUUUUUCCAUAAAAGUGAAGCAUUUGUAUGUAAAUUGCAUAUACUUUCACACCUAAAUACUUUGAUUUUAUUUUCUUUUUUUUAAAGAUUUAUGCAUGCAUACAAGAACUGGGAGGCAGGCCAGAGGU